UUUGAUUUCUGCCAUUUUUUUUUGGCCAUCUUCUUCCUUUGAUUUCUUGUACUAUACUUAUUUUAUUUGGAAUUUUCAUUCAUGCCCUCUUUUUCUACUUAUAUUUCCAUCAUCGAUACCAAAGAAUGGGCGGUCAACGUAUUGGAGGACGUUUUAUCGGAUAAUCCACCCAUUGCAUUCGAACCACUGUCACCACCAUGUUACCCUGACGAGAAGCAUGAAUCAUCCUCCUGGAUCAAUCAUCCCCUUGGUAAUGAUGAUGGGUUACACCGGUCAUUGUCUCUUCCCGAUGACGAGUCCUACUGCAGUGAAGAUUUACGAUCCCCGUCCUUUUCGAUCCCCAGCGCCACUCACUCGGACCCCGGAACUUUGCCGUCAAUCGUCAAUGGAUUUCACGUCGCCAAAUUGUCAUCGUUCAAACGUCGUCUUAGUUUUAAACGUUUGUUAUUCUCUUCGGAGGCCUUGCUUUAUCGAUCAACGUGUUGGAAAGUGCAAAAAGGCCUGGAAAUCUGGAGAAGCACAUUAGAAUCAUCGAUGGAACAAAAGGAGCCUAUAGAAAAGGUACUUUAUCAUCCAAUUUUUGCCAUGGUAGACGCGCAAAAUCAGGGAAAAAAAAUAAUGACGAAAAAAUUAUAAAUUCUGCCAAAAUUCGAUCGGUCAAUGCUCACUGAUUACCCGUUUUAGGGGGUCACGGCCUCGCAUUUAUCGCAUUUCAUCAUGACCGAAUUGUUGUCUACCGAAGCUACUUAUUUAGAUCAUUUAAUGAUCAUCAA